AUGAACAUCUUUUUAAUUGGUACUGCUUUCAUAUUCGCAAUGACACCAUUUUAUAAUUUCGAGUUGAAUUAUGUUGAUGUACUUCUUUACUCGACUUUAAUAUCAGCCGUAGAUCCAGUUGCAGUACUUUCAGUUUUUGAGGAGAUUCAUGUGAACAAAAUUUUAUACAUAUGCGUGUUUGGAGAAUCUCUUCUUAACGAUGCAGUCACAAUUGUUCUUUACAACUCAUUUCAUUCAAUGGUAAAAAUCGGACAAGCUCAUCUUAUUUAUCAAGAUUUCAUGGAAUCUUUAUAUAAUUUUCUGCUUGUUUCUGGUGGUGGAGUUCUCAUUGGCAUUGUGUUCACAUGCCUCACAUCGGUAUCGGCGAAAUGGAGUUCUGAAACUCCAAUUAUGCAACCUCUUUUAUGUUUGGUUCUUCCAUACAUGGCUUAUCUUUUAUCGGAAUUUGUUCAUGUUUCCGGAAUUUUGGCGCUGAUUACAUGUGGUUUGCUGAUGAAACCGUAUGUUACGGGAAGUAUGACAGACCAAGCAAAUAUUACUAAAAUGAAUAACCUAUUGGAUUGUCCAGUCAUAGCUUGCCAUCCGUAA